GCCCCGGGGAGAGGAAAACGCAGCCGUAGCUGGACCGCUCCGUGUGUCCGAGCUCCUGGGUCAUCCGUCACUGUUGCUGGGACAGGCGACACUCCUUGUCAGCACUUGUAUUCGGGACACAAAGGGGCUCAGCACCCCGAGAGCGCCGGCAGCUGCCUCCAUGAAGAGAGAGAUGAACGGGGUGACCAAGAGCCGGUUUGAGAUGUUCUCAAACAACGAUGAGGCUCUAAUCAACAAGAAGCUUCCUAAGGAGCUUCUGCUCAGGAUCUUCUCCUUCUUAGACGUUGUAACCUUAUGUCGAUGUGCUCAAGUCUCCAGGGCUUGGAAUGUCCUUGCACUUGACGGAAGCAACUGGCAGCGUAUUGACUUGUUUGACUUCCAAAGGGACAUUGAGGGUCGCGUGGUAGAGAAUAUAUCAAAGAGAUGUGGGGGCUUCCUCCGCAAGCUCAGUUUACGUGGAUGCCUUGGUGUAGGGGAUAAUGCUCUAAGAACAUUUGCCCAGAACUGUAGAAAUAUUGAGGUUUUAAAUCUAAAUGGCUGCACCAAAAUCACUGACACAACCUCAUCUAGCCUCAGUAAAUUUUGCUGUAAAUUGAAACAUUUGGACCUGGCUUCGUGCACAUCCAUUACCAACCUUUCCCUCAAGGCUCUCAGUGAGGGCUGCCCCCUUCUGGAGCAACUAAAUAUCUCUUGGUGUGAUCAGAUCAGCAAGGAUGGGAUCCAGGCUCUGGUGAAGGGCUGUGGCGGGCUGCGGUUCCUGUCCCUUAAGGGUUGCACUCAGCUUGAAGAUGAAGCUCUUAAGUACAUUGGAUCGCACUGUCCAGAGCUUGUCACGUUAAAUCUACAGGCGUGUUCACAGCAAAUAACGGAUGACGGUCUCAUCACGAUUUGCCGUGGAUGCCACAAGCUCCAAUCUCUCUGCGCCUCCGGCUGCUCCAACAUCACAGACUCCAUUCUUAAUGCACUGGGACAGAACUGCCCCCGGCUCAGAAUACUUGAAGUAGCUCGAUGUUCACAAUUGACAGAUCUGGGGUUCACCACUCUUGCUAAAAACUGCCAUGAGUUGGAGAAGAUGGAUCUCGAGGAGUGUGUACAGAUCACAGACAGCACCCUCAUCCAGCUCUCCAUACACUGUCCACGGCUGCAGGUGUUGAGCUUAUCCCACUGCGAGUUAAUCACAGAUGAUGGGAUCCGUCACCUCGGCAAUGGCGCUUGUGCCCAUGAUCGUCUAGAGGUUAUCGAGUUAGACAAUUGUCCACUUAUUACUGAUGCAUCCUUGGAACACCUCAAAAGCUGCCAGAGUCUGGAACGUAUUGAGUUGUACGACUGCCAACAAAUCUCGAGGGCUGGUAUCAAGAGGCUGCGGACACAUCUCCCCAACAUCAAAGUCCAUGCCUACUUUGCUCCAGUCACACCCCCUCCGUCAGUAGGGGGCAGCAGGCAACGGUUCUGCAGAUGCUGUGCCAUCCUAUGAGGAGAGAGACACUUUGGGCCUCCCCCCCCUACCACCACAUCUGUGUGGGUAUAGAGGUGGACUCAUUCACAAGACAAUGCGCCAGCUUACUGAGGUGAUGGUGGAGGGAGGUGAGACUUCCUUCCCGUACGUAAGAACGCACAUGCCCAUUACAGUCAAGGCGGGGUUAUGUAACCCACACAAGGUUUUUUUUUUUUUUCUCUUAUGUUAUCCAGACUGGUGGAAAAUUGAAGAGAGAAAGGUAACACUCCGGGAGAUUAUCCCCAACCAACAUAGGAAUGGGAACAAAUUUACAAUACUGUGGUGUGGACCUAGCGCUCGUAGGCCCUGUCCACCAAUUCCUUUCCUUUUGGUUAAAGGGAAACCCUGUAAGAAGGUGGGAGGAGGCAGCUGUAGUUUUGAUAGGAGAGGCUAUUGUCCUUUUUCCUUUCGAGUUCGGACACGGUUAUCCCCCCCCCCCCUUGCUAUGGUUCCAGAGGAGAAAAUGUGGACUCGGGAGCAAUUAUUAAUGUACAAGGACCUAAAACAACAACAACAAAAAAAUACAUACCGCUCCAGCUCUGACUUCAUUGUCGGUUCCUGGCACUGUAACAGGGAAGUGGCACCCUCCAUGGACCCUUCUUACCCCCCUUCCCAGGUUGCACAUCUUGGACUCUCUAAAUUAUGAUGCAUUCCCCAACAAAUGAAAUGGAAAUAAUAAAAAAAAUACAAGAAAUGAGUUAUAUAUUAUAUAAAUAUAUAUAUAGACUUUGUACAAUAUAAUUUUAAUGAUAUAACUGGGUGCUCCUCCUCACUUGGAUGUGAUAAUGAUGCCAAUUACAAGUAAAAAUGGAGAAAAAAA